CCAGAAUGUCGCUCAAACUCGUCGCUCUAGCCUCCCUGAUCGAAUACGUCUUCGUCAAGCCCUACCUCAUCCCCAAUCAAGACAACACAGACUUUAUCGGCUACUGUCUCUGCAUGGCAUUUCUCGCCUUCUUUGGACAAAUUUUCACAAACCGCCUCACAGCAGCUCAAUGGGAGAAGACCAAAUGGAGUGGAAUCUACAGUGGCGUUCUGGGCUACGCUUGGCUUCUACUAGGGGUGAAGCACGAGAAUAGGCAAAUUCACCAUCUUCUGGUCGCAAAGCUUGCGAUUUUGGGAGGUGUGCUUGUGGGCGCUUAUACUCAAAAGGGCAAGAAGGACAAGUACCAUGGUGGAGGUAGACUGCAAGCUGGAGGCGGAAGCGGUCCUCGAGUUCGAACCUCAAAAGACAUCGACUCUGUCCGGUUUAUUAAACCUGGUCAAAGUGGUUGCUGUGGGAUGCAGAAUGGGUUUCCUGUAGACAACUAGGAAGCCGACACCACCAGGCCGAGAAAAACAAUUAGUGGCCGGCCUCUCCGUGGUAUUGCGGACUCUCGUGACGAACAAUUCAAUCGAUCUGUGCUGGGCAUCGGUGGAAGCAGAGCUUAUUAGCAUGAAUAAGGCUUAGUCCCAGACUGCAUAUCCAGAAAGGUUCAGGUGGUGAUGUCCUCUGCCUGGACCGGAGGAACAGCAGCUGUAGCAAGCAUCACAAUUUGGCAUGAUAGUAGUAGCGGGUCUACAGUCAAGCUAGAUGUACGUGUAGCUACCUCCUAGUACGUUGUAUGCG